CUAUUGAAACAUUUCAUCUUUGUCCCAGUCACUGCCACCAUCUUCUGUGAUGCCAGACUAACAGUAUGUAUGUAGCUGUCUAAAGAAUGACAUUGUUCAUCCCUGAUAUGGCUGGUCAUCUGUUUUUGCUCAUCUUCCUUUUCGAUACCUUCCAGUACCUCAAAGCCAAAGAUCUUCCGUAUCCCAGUCUGACAGUGAUUCCUGCAGUCAUCAAAGAGAGAGACUCAGUUCAGCUGAACUGUCAGACUCCUCCAUCUGUCUCUGAGUGUUACUUCAAAAUGGCUGGGCAAGUGGAAUUCACCCUUCCAUCAGCCUGUCAACAGACACUCACAGGAACAUUACUGGUGAGGUGGACAGGUCAGAGAUCACCAGCUGAGGUCAAAAUGCAAUGUCAGUACAGUGAAACAGGUUCACAGUUUAGAUCCAUAUUCAGUGAGCCUUCAACAGUCACAAUUCAGGACCUUCCUCAGCUGACAGUGAGUUCUACAGUCAUCAGAGAGACAGAAUCAGUUCAGCUGAGUUGUGAGACUCCUCCAUCUCUCCUUGUGUCUCACUGUUACUUCAACAUAGAGGGGGGUGGGGGGAAUCUUCCAGACUCAUCCUGUACUCAGACACUCACAGGAACAGAGCUGCUCAAGAGGGCAGAUCAAACGUUUCCAGAUGUGGUCAAAGUGACAUGUUCCUAUGCUGUAUGGUCUCACAUAUCUCCUUUUAGUGACCCUGUCUCAGUCACUGUUCAGGACUCACCUCCCAGGCUAACAGUCAAUUCUACAGUCAUCAGAGAGAGAGACUCAGUUCAGCUGAGCUGUCAGACUCCUCCAUCUGUCUCUGUGUCUCAGUGUUACUUCUACACAGACGGGAGAGAUCCUAAACACUCACCCUGUACGAGUUCACUAACGGGGACUGAGCUGCUCUCGUGGGCAGGUCAAAGUUCAUCUGCUGAGAUCAAACUGAGAUGUUUUUACACAGUAGAAACUCACUAUCCAUCGAUGCACAGUGGUUCUGUCUCUGUUACUAUUCUUGAGCCCCUUGAUUUCCUGUGGCGUCACAUCCUCACUGUGUUGGUCCUACUGGCUACUUGUGGAGUACUUAUACACUAUGUCAUCUCCCAUCAAUGCCCAAACGCUAUUCCAUAGAGAAGCAGGAGGGUGGACCAGAGAAAUGAAGACUUUUCGUUAACAGUGUGCUGAAUCACCGUGCAAACCUACACACACACACACACACACACACGACACACAAAUGUAUUUUUACAUUAAAAAAAAUAGUUUUACGUUUUUUGCAUCUUUGAGAUUUCUGUGAUUUUUCUUUUGAAGUUGAGUGCAUGAUGGUGUUGCUAGGCAAGUUGAAAACUUAAUGUACCAGGUGUACAUACAUACAUCGGCUGUACAAGGUGUUGAAAGCGUUCCACAGGGAUGCUGACUCCAAGGCUUUCCACAGUUGUGUCAAGUUGGAUGGCUGUCUUUUGUGUGGUGGACCAUUCUUGAUACACAUGUGAAACUGUUGAGCAUGAAAAACCCAGCAGCGUUGCAGUUCUUGACACAAACAGGUGCGUCUGGCACCUAAUACCAUACCCCGCUCAAAGGCACGUAAAUACUUUGUCUUUCCCAAUCGAUGUCUCAAGGCUUAAAAAUCUCCUCCCCUUCAUCUACAAUGCUUUAAGUGGAUUUAACAAGUGACAUCAAUAAGGGAUCACAGCUUUCACCUGAAUUCAAAAGGUCAUGGAAAGAGCAGGUGUUCAUAAUGUUUUGUUUUGUACACAUAUACAUACUUACUUUUGCACACAUACAUUUUUUUUAACACCAAUUUCCUUCCUUUUCUAUAAUCUUUUUUGAAAUUGACUGCAUGAUAGUGUUGAAGGCAAGUUGCACACAGCAAUGUUUAUUAUUAAAUCUUUU